AUGGUUAAACGAAAAAAAAAUAUCGGAAGACAAUCACAAAUUGCAAAAAAAUAUAAAAAACACAAAAAUUCAAUAACAAUAAAGAAUGAGGACAUUAUGCCAGAAGAUGUUGACAAUGCGCAAGAAGAUAAUACACAAAUGAAAUUAAUAAGUAAACGCACCAACGAAAGAAUGAAGAAAGCUAAAAAAAAAUUAGAAAAUGAAGCAUUUUAUUAUGAUCCGACUAUUUCUUACGACGAUGAUCCUCGCGUGUCAAUUGGUCUCUUAAAUGUUGAAUGUGAAUACUGUCAAGCAUUGAAAUUUAAAGAUGAGAAUAAUGGCAUAUGUUGUGGGAAUGGUAAAAUAAAACUCCCACUUUUGAAUAAUCCUAUAGAACCAUUGCUUUCAUAUUUGUCUGGAACUUCCAAUGAAUCAAAACACUUCUUAAAUAAUAUUAGAAAAUAUAAUUCAAGUUUCAACAUGACCUCAUUUGGUGCAGAUAGAAAAAAAGAACCAGGGUAUCAAACAACUUUUAAAAUUCAAGGGCAAGUUUAUCAUAGAAUAGGGUCGCUUCUACCUCUUGAUGAUAAAUCAUCUUAUUUACAAAUAUAUUUCAUUGGAGAAAAUGAAAUUCAAUCAAAACAAAGAUGCGAUGUCAUUCCAAAUGUCAAUGCCAAUAUUAUUGAAUCAAUCCAACACAUUUUACACGAACACAAUGAGUUGAUAAAAAUCUUCAAAUCUGCGUUAGAAAACAUGCCAACAGAUGAAUGUAAAAUAGUUUUAAAAGCUGACAAAAUACCUACAGGAGAACACGAACGUUGCUUCAAUUUACCAACAAUAAACGAAGUAGCAGCAGUUAUGAAUGGCAAUGAAUUCAAAAAACGUGAUAUUAUAUUACAGAAACGGAGUAAUGAAUAUAUGAGAGUUCAAGAUACUCAUAAAUCUUAUGAUGCUUUACAAUAUCCGUUAAUGUUUUGGAGGGGUGAAGACGGUUAUCACUUUGAAUUAAAACAAAUAAAUCCAGCAAGUGGUUUAAAUACAGAUAAAAAAGUAUCAGCAAUGGAUUUUUAUGCAUAUAGAAUAAUGAUAAGAAAAUUCCCGGAAAAUUUUUUACUCCGUUAUAAUCAAUUAUUUAAUCAAUUCAUCGUUGACAUGUAUGCAAAAAUAGAAAAUGAGCGUUUACGUUUUAUACGAUUUAAUCAAUCAAAACUCAAGGUUGAUCAAUAUAUUCAUCUAAAAGACGCAUUUGAAAAUGAUGGAGACCUUGAAGAUAUAGGACAAAAAUACAUUUUACCUGCAAGUUUUAUAGGCAGUCCUAGACAUAUGCAUGAGUACACACAAGACGCUCUUUGUAUAGCGCAAACAAAAGGAAAACCUUGCUUAUUUAUGACAUUUACUUGUAACGCUCAAUGGCCUGAAAUAACAGAUAACUUGUUACCCCAUCAGCAAGCAAGAGAUAGACAUGAUUUAGUGGCGAGAGUAUUCAAAUGUAAAUUGAAAAAAUUGAUGGACUAUGGGCCGGUUCUACCAUCUAUAGAUAAAGUAUCAGUUAACUGUCUAUUAGAUAACGUUAUCCAAGACAUUUAUCUUAUUGAUAAUUAA